AACUUGGAGAAGCAGAACCAUACUCCAAGGAAGCACCAUCAACAUCACCACCAGCAGCACCAUCAGCAGCAGCAGCAGCAGCAGCAGCAACAACCACCCCCACCAAUACCUGCAAAUGGACAGCAGGCCAGCAGCCAGAAUGAAGGUUUAACCAUUGACCUAAAGAACUUUAGGAAACCAGGAGAGAAGACUUUCACCCAACGAAGCCGUCUCUUUGUGGGCAAUCUUCCUCCUGACAUUACUGAGGAGGAAAUGAGGAAGCUUUUUGAGAAAUAUGGGAAAGCAGGCGAGGUUUUCAUUCAUAAGGAUAAAGGCUUUGGCUUUAUUCGCUUGGAAACACGAACCCUAGCGGAAAUUGCCAAAGUGGAGUUGGAUAAUAUGCCACUCCGUGGAAAGCAGCUACGUGUGCGCUUUGCCUGUCAUAGUGCAUCUCUUACAGUCCGCAACCUUCCUCAGUAUGUGUCCAACGAACUGCUGGAAGAAGCCUUUUCUGUGUUUGGCCAGGUGGAGAGGGCUGUGGUCAUUGUAGAUGACCGAGGAAGGCCCUCAGGGAAAGGCAUUGUUGAGUUCUCAGGGAAGCCAGCUGCUCGGAAAGCUCUGGACAGAUGCAGUGAAGGCUCCUUCUUGCUAACCACAUUUCCUCGGCCUGUGACUGUGGAACCUAUGGACCAGUUAGAUGAUGAUGAGGGACUUCCAGAGAAGCUGGUUAUAAAAAACCAGCAAUUUCACAAGGAGCGAGAACAGCCACCCAGAUUUGCACAGCCAGGGUCCUUUGAGUAUGAGCAUGCCAUGCGCUGGAAGGCACUCAUUGAGAUGGAGAAGCAACAGCAGGAUCAAGUGGACCGCAACACCAAGGAGGCUCGUGAGAAGCUGGAGAUGGAGAUGGAGGCAGCACGCCGUGAGCACCAGGUUAUGCUAAUGAGGCAGGAUUUGAUGAGGCGUCAAGAAGAGCUUCGGAGAAUGGAGGAGCUGCAUAACCAAGAAGUUCAGAAACGAAAGCAGCUAGAGCUCAGGCAGGAGGAGGAACGCAGGCGCCGUGAGGAAGAAAUGCGGCGGCAACAAGAAGAAAUGAUGCGGCGACAGCAGGAAGGAUUCAAGGGAACCUUCCCUGAUGCGAGAGAACAAGAGAUACGGAUGGGCCAAAUGGCUAUGGGAGGUAAGUUAAAUAGCUCUGGUGACUUUUAGGGUGAAAAGGAUAGUUACAGAAAAGAACAGCAAGC